CGUAUCUUUAUUUGUAUGGAUGUGGUACUGUAAUAAACACAUACAUGUAAGGAGUUGUCAGAACUUCCUGGUCCUCGGGAGAAAUGAUUACAUAAUGCCCCACAUGUAGUGAAUGGCUUUGUAUUCUAACUAUACAUGAGGAAAUUUGAGGUCUUCAGGAUAACUUCAGGGUGAUGAAUGAGAGAUAAGUUUUCCCUACUUCAGAUGCUCCUACCAAUUAUUGUUAUGUCUCAGUAAUUCGUUAGGGCUUAACGAUUAUGUCUGAGAGGAGAAGCGUUCCUCUGCCUCCAAAAGGAGCCGAGACGGAAAGAAUCUCUAAAUUGAUUGGUCAGCAGAGAAGAUGGUUUCAUCCCCACAUUUCGGGUGUGAAGGCUGAGGAAUUAUUAAAGGAGCGUGGUUAUGAUGGUAGCUUUCUGGCCAGACACAGCACUAGUAGUCCUAGUGACUUCACGCUCUCUGUAAGGAGGAAAUCGGAGGUUACCCACAUUAAGAUCCAGAACAAUGGGGAGUUCUACGACCUGUAUGGGGGUGAGAAGUUUGCCACCCUGGCAGAGUUGGUGCAGUAUUAUAUGGAGAAUCAGGGACAGUUAAAAGAGAGAAAUGGGGAGGUCAUAGAGCUCAAAUAUCCCCUCAACUCAGAGGACCCCACCACUGAAAGAUGGUUCCAUGGUCAUAUAUCUGGGAAAGAGGCAGAAAAGGUGCUGAUGGAGAAAGGAAAGAACGGUAGCUACUUAGUGAGGGAGAGUCAGAGCAAACCGGGGGAUUUUGUCUUGUCGGUGCGGACAGACGAUAAAGUGACGCAUGUCAUGAUCUGCUUCCAUGAUAAAGAUGAAACUUAUGAUGUCGGUGGUGGAGAGAAAUUCAAAAGCCUGACAGAUCUCGUGGAGCAUUACAAAAAGAACCCCAUGGUGGAAAAACUAGGAACUGUGGUUCACUUAAAAAUGCCUUUCAAUGCCACAAGAAUAUCUGCAUCAGGAUUAGAAAACCGAGUCCGGCAGCUAGAGAAGGAAAAGGACAGUACGAACAAUAAAAGUAAAGGAGGCUUCUGGGAUGAGUUUGAGCAAUUACAACAAAUGGAAGUGCGCCAUUUAUAUAGCAGGAAGGAAGGGCAGAGGAUAGAAAAUAAACCUAGAAACAGAUACAAAAACAUCUUGCCAUUUGAUCACACAAGGGUUGUCUUAAAGGAUGGAGACCCAAAUGUCAUAGGAUCUGAUUACAUUAAUGCCAACUUCAUCACAAUGGAUGAAGACUCGGCGGACCCCAAUAAGAAGAGUUUUAUAGCGACACAGGGUUGCCUCCCUGGAACAGUGGCAGAUUUCUGGAGAAUGAUCUGGCAAGAGAACACGAGGGUCAUCGUCAUGACAACAAAAGAGGUCGAAAGGGGAAAGGUAAAAGCAGUGAGAUACUGGCCUUCUCCUGACGACCCUGAUGAUGUUCUAGAGAGAAUGUUUGAGACUCACGAUUCCAAGAUUUACGUCAAAUUCAUUUCCCAGAAGAAUGAGACAGAUUACAUCAUAAGGGAGCUGGAAGUCUGGAAAAUUAAUAAUGCAGAUGGCAAGAAGGAAGAUUUGAGACGAGUUUACCAGUUCCACUUCCUGACCUGGCCUGAUUAUGGGGUACCCUCUGAUCCUGGCUGUGUCCUCAACUUCCUCAAUGUGGUCAAUGCCCAGCAGGAGAAGAUCAAGGAUGCUGGCCCUAUUGUGGUUCACUGCAGUGCUGGCAUUGGUCGUACGGGGACUUUCAUUGUUAUUGACAUAAUACUCAACCAGAUCAAGAUGUAUGGUCUGGAGUGUGAAAUAGAUAUCCAGAAGACGAUACAGAUGGUUAGAUCUCAGAGAUCAGGUAUGGUGCAGACAGAGGCGCAGUACAAGUUUGUCUACAUGGCAGUACUUCACUACCUGGAGACAGAGCAGCAGCGAAAGCGGGCUGAGGAGCAAUCCGUGGGAAGAGAGUACACCAACAUUCGCUACACAGCUAACCUGGAGUCAGCUAAUAAGUCUCUGUCUGCCAGCACUAAAGGGGCAGUACCACAGCUAUCACAGUCCACAAAGAGGAAGGAGAAAGAUCUACCUAAACUGCCCCCAGCAGAGGACAGUAGACAGAUUUAUCAGAACAUUGGAUCUGUGGGUUCCAAAUAAGAGUCAAGACUGCAAACAGUCACCAGUCAUCAUGCUUCAUUGAACAGGGAAAAUAAAAAAAAACAAAAAAACAAGAUGGUGUACUACAGAAGAUGACAGUUCUACAAUGUGUAUUUUCUUGACAUUGGGUCAAUGCAGAAAAUAUGCCUAUCUGAUGGGUCUCAGCUGGCUAAUAUGCCAAUAUUAAGUAGAGGAUUGGUAGACAUGUAUAAAUGUGCAACUGAAUCCAGAUAUGAUCAUUGCCUGUCUGAAAAAAUGCAUCACAUGUGAUUCUUGUCAAUUGACUAAGUUAUAUAAUGCUUCAUCCUGUCAGCGGAGUCAUCUAUAAUUUUAUGGGAUAUAUUAUGUAUACUUUAAAUUAGGAAAUAAUUUUCCUGGUUAUAUAUUUUUUAGUUCAUAAAGAGCUGAAUAUUUGACAUGAUUUGUACAAUUAGUUUCUCAUAUAAAAAACACUGUUAAGUUUAUAUAUUUAGAAAAAAAAUAUAAAUUAAUAUGUGACAUACAAUUUAGAUGCAAACAAAAAACAUGAAUCUUUGGCUUUAUGUAGAAUUAAAAAUAAAUGGCUGUUUCCAAAGUAAUUGACUUAAAGAGUGAGGGAAAUCUGCUGGAGAGUCACAGUUCAGUGCUCCUUGGCAGAGAGUCACAGUUCAGUGCUCCUUGGCAGAGAGUCACAGUUCAGUGCUCCUUGGCAGAGAGUCACAGUUCAGUGAUUCUUGGCAGAGAGUCACGGUUCAGUGCUCCUUGUUAUGUUUUGUAUGUGUUCUAUGAUGUUAUGAAAUUCCUUUGUCAAAAUCUAGUUACGUAUUGUGUGUUAUUUAUAUAUUGUUAAAAAUAUAUUUGUACAUCAUGUGCUAUGAAAAAGAGAAGCUGGUAUAUUUACUUUGUACGAUGUUUUAAACUCCAUUUUUUUUUUGUUUAAACCCUACCACAAUUUUUCGUUCAAGGGAGAGGAGAUGCCCACAAAAUAUCACAAAAUUACAUUUUUCUUUCAAAAUGAAAAAGAAAAAUUAUUUCAUUUAACUUUUAACCAAUUAGAAAAAAAUCAGUUUAUACAUGUACUUCAAUUAAUCUUUGAUGCAUUUCAUGUGCAAAAUAUUUUUCUUAUUCAUUAUCAGCCCCAGCUUAACAACAAUUGUUAUUUAUGCAGUCCCCCGCCCCCUCUCUCUUUUUAAAUGUAAUACUGUUUGUAAUGUAAUUUUGUUCUAAAUUUUGUGAUAUUUGUAGUUUUGUUUUCCUUUAAUUUUGCUGACCAAACAUUCUAUUUACAUCGUCAACAUCACUGUUUGUUUAAUGUAGCUAUUAAAAGAAAAUAGACACAGCUGGUAUGGGUUUCAAAAUAUUUUUGCUUGGUUAUCUUGCUUUAACUGAAAAUAGGUGUAGAAUGAUAUUGGUAAUAAGAAUCUUCAAUUCCAAAGUUGUAUGCUUUAUUUAUAAUGAACUUUAGUGCUGUUUCAUCUGUAUACACGACAAAUUCCCCCUCCCCCUAAACAUUGCAAACAACAUGCUGCUGAAUCAAGUCAAAUUAACUGUUUUAGUUACCUUUAUUGAUGAACAUUGGGAAAUAUUCAAUCUAUUGUGAAGUCAGCUUUGGCCAACGUGUAAAAGAGAAUUUUUUUUACUCCAGCAUACCUUCAAACAUUGCAUAAUUGUAUAGUCAAUGUUUUAAAAUUAUUCAUUUAAAGAAGUUUUCAUGCAUUUUUUCAUACCUUAUUUCUUUCAACAAUAACAACAAAGGGGAAAAAAAGAGAAAUUACCUUUAAUUUUAUAUAUAUUAUGAAUUAUGAAAAGAUAUAUCAAACGUGGCCUAAAUUAUGAAUUAGGUUACUUACCAUGUAAAUUAAUCUUGCUGUUUUGUAUACAUUUGUUAUAGAAAUGGCAGACAUAAUAUAUAUUUAAUGGUAUACAUUAUUGUUUAAAGGAUGAGUUGGUAAAUUUGUUCUAUUGAAAUCAAAAGUUUUCACAUGUUACUAAUCAGAAAGAUUAAUUUUCUGUGCUUAUUACAUGUUAA